AUGGACAUGAAGGUAUCUACUACUGCUCUCCUAUCCUGGCUUUGCUUGUUGUUGUGUUUCUUCCUGAUUGUAGAUGGAUCUGAAGCCUUUUCAGCGAAUCUAUUGCCAUAUUCAUUGGGUUCCACCAAGCGAUCUUUGACUUCAACAACCUCUCAUCACGGUCCAACGCCGAGCCAUUUGUUCUUUCGUAGGCACAGCCUCCAAACGGUUCCAAAAAUCCAAGCAGCACCAAAUAGGAAAGACAGCAAUGAAGGAACGCCUUCAUUUACAACAAUCGAAGAUGGCUCGCCCUUGGGUGUGGCGAUUGUGGCAAUAGGGAGUUUGCUGCUUCUGGGAAACAACGGUGUCGACGCUAGCACUUCGGCGGGAGAUUCCCCCUGGGCAGGUGUCAUUUUUGUCACGGCUUCUGUAGCGGCGGGAAUUUCGAGGAUGGUCCGAUACAAUAUACGAAAACAGAAAGAAAUAAACAAGGAAGAAUAA